AUGUCUUUGCCAAUUAGAAACGUGGCCGUCAUCGGCGCAACCGGGCUUUUGGGCUCAGAGAUAGCAUCGGCGCUGCAGAAGGCUGGCUUCAUAGUAACGGCAAUUCGACGCGCCGAGUCCACCGCACCAGUCCCAGUAGGAAUGGAGUCCAUCCAAAUUGACAUCAACGACACCAACGCUCUCACCUCGGCUUUCCAGGGGCAAGAUGCCGUCAUCUCAGCCGCACCAGAUCCGAUCUCAUUCUCGAGCCAGAAGCACUGGAUCGACGCCGCCAUCGCGGCCGGGGUGAAGCGCAUCUUUCCAUCCGAGUACAGCACGAACCUCGACUCGCCGCUGGCUGAGACACUUCCGGUUGUGACAGAGAAGGUUCGCACUCGGCGGUACCUCGUUGAGCAGAUAGCCAACACAGCUGGUAAAUCAAGCUGGACGAGCAUUAACAACGGUCCUUUCUUUGAGCUGGUCCUCGGCUUUGGAGGCUUGGGACCGGACUUCCGGACGAAGACGGCGAAGUGGCAUAAUGGCGGGGCGAACUUGGUCGGCGCCACCAGAUUGCCUGACAUUGCCGAGGCGAUCUGCAAGGUCCUCAAAGAUGAGAAUGGACUGUACCAGGAGGCUGAAAACAAGUCCGUGUACAUCCACUCCGCGGUAGUCACCGAGAAGCAGUUGACAGAGAUGGCCGAGAAAGUCACAGGUCAUAAGUUUGAUGUUGAAGAGCGGGACGUGGAGAAAGUUUAUCAGGAGGCGAAGGAGCGAUUGCAGAAAGGUGACAAGUCUGGGAUGAUGUUGUUCUAUUUGCAGAUGAUGUACGGGAAAGGGUAUGGCGGCAGUGAAAGCUUUCAGGAGAUGAGCUGGAAUGAGAAAGUUGGUCUGAAGAUAUUGACUGAACAAGAGAUUGAGAAUAUUGUCAGGGGAGUUGCUGAAAAGUCCGGGCUAUCUCAGUGA